GUCACUCUGAGAGGAGCUCUGUGUCUCUCUCUCUCUCUCUCUCUCUCUCUCAAACACACACACACACACGCACAUAAACACACACACCUCCAGCUUGACUCCCGCAGCAGGACUUUACUCCUCACACAUCUUCAUCAUGACGAGCUCCAAGUCAUCACAGACCAUCGUCAUCGCGCUCCUGUCGCUCUGGUCCAUCGUCUCCCUCAUCGUCAUUGUGGUGUGGGCCACUUCCCCCACCAUGAAGAGUGCCUCCCAGUGCCAAGCGGAGCUGCAGGAGGUGACGGAGAAGCUGGAGGGGGCUAAGGUGGUGUGGAGCAAGAACAAGGUGGCGCUGGAGGAGAUGGUGGAGGAGGGCCGGGAGAACGUCACCCAGAAACAGGAGGAGGUGCAGCGGCUCCUGCAGCGCAUGGAUGCCAUCAACGUCUCCCUGGAUGCCUGCCGACAGGAAAAUGUUCUCCUCAGUAGGAACAUCAGUGACCUGGAGCAGCAGAUUGAGGAGCACAGGGACAUGGAGGCGAACCUCACAGCCCAGAUUUCCCUCUACCAAGACCAGCUGGAGACCCUGCAUAUGAACCUGACCCAGGCCUUCAACCAGACGGCCUCGUGUUUCUACCAGAGCAGUGCGGCGGUGAGCCAGCUGAUGGAGGCCCAGAAGCUGACCAAGAGCUGCCACAGCAGCAGGCAGCAGCUGGAGAAGAAGCUGCUGACGUGUAAUAAGGCUGAUCCCCAAACCCAUCAGCAGACCACCAAAAAUGCCGCCAAUGCCAUCACUAGCUUUCUACCACUGGUGGGCGCUGUCUGCUGCAGCCUGCGUCUCCUUACCUGAACAUGGCUGCUGUUGGGGUCCGAGGCUUCGUGGGAAUCACCGUUUUUCAGGACAAACAGGAGAACCUUGAACCAGAUGGACAAUAAGACUACUGUACAUUCAUCUUGUCCACAGACACAUGAUGGGAGAACUUUUAUUUGAAACUUGUUUUAUUUGUGUAGCAGGAAAUUUACUUUGACAUAAAAGAUGGGCAGGUAUUUUUUACUUUUAAAAACGAUUUCAGCCUUUUUUUGCCUGUGUUUUUCUAAAGCUUAAGAAAAAGCCGGCACUGUUGUGGUGAAGCUAAACAAUGUGCUUCCUGUUCAGCGCUGCUGGACCACAAUGAGCAUCAGCUCCUUACACCACCUUACACCACCUGACAGCAGGCAGAAUAACGUCGCCAACACCUUAACGGUGUAGUUCAGCUCUUACGAGGCGUGAGGGUGCUGCACGGAGAUGUACGGAGAGAACACAAACACACACAGGGCUCACAAUAUGAGGGCAGACCAACAGAGGCCAGGUCAGAUAGGCUUCGAUCAAACAUCUUCAUUAAACCAAAGAAAGGAGGAGCAGCUUUCCUCCUCCCCCCUUCAGGUCCAAACAGGCCUGUCAGGCGUGGUGUUUGGGAGGAGGACUCCUCCUCUCCCUGUGGAGAAACCAGAACCAGCACAGAACAUCUCACAUCUGGUUUAUGUGGUGAUUCCUCAUAUGCUCGUCAGUAUUCUCCUCUUUCAUUUCAGACACACAUUACUCUAGAUGGUGUAGAGCACCGACACGUUUCCAACGACUCACUGUGCGAACGAGCUGCGAGGCCGACCGAACAAGGUGACAAAUCACCACCAUCCCGAUAAACCAGACAGAUUCAUCCAGAUAGAUCAGAACUGCCUGAAGGACACUGAAUUCUUGUACAGCAGAUUUUGGUUUUAAAAGUGUUGAUCUUCAGACAAACCAAGAGCAGUGUCAUCUGCUCAACAAGGGAAGAGGAGACAGCGCGCCCAACUGGUCAUUAUACGUUACUGAGUCUGGACCGACACAAGAAAACCAACCCGAACAAAUCCACUUUAUCCCUUUCAACUUAAAAACACAAACUCUGACUGUUUUGCUCGGCUUCAUUGAAUUAAAAAGAGUUCUACUUACCAGCUGAUCACUUUCCCUUUAAAGAUCCCAACCAAAGGUUUUCAGUAAAAUCCCAAUGAUUGUGUUACUGUGUGAAAAGAUUUCAUGUUAAAAUGUAAUGUCACUCUGCUUUAGUUAUGAAAUGCUUUGAAAAAGAUCAGAAAACUGAUGGACACAAAUUAAAAUCCAAAAUUAUCCA